UCAUUCCUCGCCACUGACACAAACAUCGUAACGGUAGAGAUGGCGACCGGUGUGUCAUACGUUACCUAGCCAAAAGCGAUGUUUUUAAAAGGAUAUCCAUCGGAGUAAGACUUCACCCUGUUGAUUUCACACAGACCGAACAACCGGACAUCAUGGAGGAACCGUGGGAUUUUGAGUUUCUGUCCCGUAUCGCUGACAGCUGCGUGUCGUUCCUCUCUGAAUUUGUUGACGACUGGCUCGCCAACGACAUGAGAGUUUCCAUAUUCAAAAUCCUUCUCAGCUGGUUAAUUUUUAGUCUUAUCGCAAUUCACUUCGCGUGGAAAGUCUACGGGAAUACGGUGAACGACAUGUAUUAUCGGCAAGGUACUGGACAGAACGGAGGGACACCUGAGACAGCUCCUCACCUGAGUGGAUGGGAAACCAGAGUAGGAGAGACCCUGAAGACUCAUCGCGAUUAACAGGACAAUGGUCUUGGACUUUGGAUUUUAUCCAAAUGAGAGCUGGACAGUUAGUAUAUCUCCCAGAGACACUGAAUGCAUCCUCAAGUUUUGCUGAGAAUAUCUUCGGUGCAUUUAAGAUGCAUGCACCUUCUGGCAGCUGCCUGGAGAAACAUGUUAUUGUUUUUCAUGCAAACCAACAGUGAUCCACUAAAUCAACUUUAAAGUGCUGUGAGAUAUUUAUUUUGGUUUGUCAACAUUUGUCAUUGAGCAGAACUCUGCAUAAAUACCUAGAUUGAUCUGUUUGGCUUAGUGGUCAACUGUUAAUUUUUUCACCCCCAAAGAGGCUUCAGCACAAAUGUGAAACAUAUUAAUGGGCUUGUGUGUAAAUUAAGGGUGCUUUAAGAACACUUAUGACUGCAAGCAAGAAAUAAAUAAUUGGACUUGGAAUUAAAUGAUGAAUGGAAGAAAAAAGUACCAGUAGUAGUUUUCAAGACAGGACACACAGGAUAAUGUGGAUAUUUUUUUAAUGGUAAUCCUGAAAUGCCACAAGAGGGAUAAGUGAAUGAUGUGCAUGUACCCAGUUAUGAUUAAGAAGAUUAUUUGACGUGGACAGGGUCAUUUCUAUCACUGCUAUUUCAUAAAUAAAGCACAUGGUCUGUUAGAAUACAGAGCCAUGAAAAGCA